GCAGUCGGGCAAAGCGCGCUUCAGUCGCGCCGUGCACCCAACGUAAGUCAAUUACAUAACCGAAACACUUAAUUAAAACUCUAAGCAAACUUGAAACCAAACUGUUACUAGCAUUCGAUUGUGAUGUGUUAGUGAGUGUUACGUGUUGGCAGUGAAAAAAAACUAAUGUUCGAUGGCUUCCAAUAUAUUCAAGCAAUGAAACGCAAACGGUGUAGAGGCUACUUCGUUAUCUGCUGAUGUGAUCGACCAUGCCGUCUGCCGUCGCGACCAUGCGCUACGCACUCCUAUGCUUGCUCUCCUUCUCGCUCAGCACAACCUUCGCUUUCGUGCUCGACAAGCAAAACCCAUACUCCCAAUUCAGGAAGUGGAACGCGGGCCUCAACGGAACCAUAGAAAUUGAAUUCAAAACCGACCAGCCGAACGGUUUACUUUUGUAUACGGACGACGGUGGCACUUAUGACUUUUUCGAAUUGAAACUCGUUAAUGGAGGUUUGAGAUUGAGAUACAAUUUGGGAGGCGGCGCGCAGAUUUUAACUGUCGGAAAUAAUCUCAAUGAUGGACAUUGGCACAAAGUUCAGGUGGCCCGAAGAGACGAGCACACAACCUUGACAGUGGACGGCAUCAGCCAAACGAAAACGUCUAGAGGAAAAGAAUUCGCCUUCGGGAAGUUCACAACCAACUCUGAUGUCUUCGUCGGCGGGAUUCCACCGUCGUACGAUUCGAAAUUGGCGACCCUAGCGUUACCGUCAGUGAUAUUCGAACCCAAAUUCCGGGGCGCUGUUCGUAAUCUGGUUUAUUCAGAUCUACCGGGUCAGCCGCCGCGGAGACAGGAGUUACGGCAUUCCAGGGAUUUGAAGUCAUCUCGUAUCGGGAACGCGAGCGGGGACGCGUGCGAGAGACGUGACCCUUGCCAGCACGGCGGGGUCUGCAUCAGCACCGACGACGGACCGGUCUGUGAGUGCCGAGACGGCGAUUACGAGGGAGCAUUUUGUGAACGAGACAAAGCACCAUCGGAGGCUACAUUCCGAGGGGCUGAAUUCCUCUCGUAUGACUUGACGCAGACAGGUGGAGAGCCCAUCGUCAGCACACAGGACACUAUAUCACUAUAUUUUAAGACAAGACAACCUAAUGGACUGUUGUUUUAUACUGGUCACGAAGCAGACUACUUGAAUUUAGCGGUUCGUGAUGGUGGAGUUUCUCUUACGAUGGGUCUCGGAAACGGUAAGCAGGAGAUGCACAUCAAACCGUCUAAGACGAGAUUCGAUGAUCAUCAGUGGCAUAAGUUAACGGUGCACAGAAGGAUACAGGAGGUAACUUCGUUCACCAGUUUUUGCAGGGUAUCAGCGAUAGUCGAUGACGUAUAUUCGGAUCAUUCCCAUGUGGCCGGGUCCUUCACAAUGUUGGCGAGUUCAAGGGCUCAUGUCGGAGGAUCUUUGAAUGCCAGAGCCUUGCCCGGUGCCAGGGUCCAUACUAAUUUUAUUGGAUGCUUAAAGAAGGUGGAGUUCUCAGCGGAUACUCUUCGACUGAACCUCAUCGACUUAGCUAGAACGGGCAGCAAAUUGAUAACCGUAACAGGAAGGUUGGAAUACUCCUGCAUAGCUACCGACUCUGCGGACCCAGUUACGUUCACCACUAGGGACGCCCAUUUGAUACUACCAAAAUGGGAAGCAGUGAAGACAGGAACAAUAUCGUUCAAAUUUCGAACGAACGAACCGAAUGGACUGAUCUUAUUCAACAUGGGCGCCAAGCCACCAAGGGUAGGUUGCACGGCUGACCUUUUUGCUGUGGAGAUCCUCAAUGGCUAUAUCUACGUGCACGUCGAUCUUGGAUCUGGCGGGGUUAAGGUUCGAGCAUCCAGGAGACGGGUGGACGAUUCACUCUGGCAUGACUUCCUCCUGAGGAGAAGUGGCAGAGACGGCAGAGUUACUGUUGAUGGUGCCAACGCUGAGUUUAAGACUCCUGGUGAAUCUAAUCAGCUGGAGCUGGACGGUCCUCUGUACGUCGGUGGACUCGGUUCAGAGUACUCAGCUUCCAGAACCCCACCGGUUCUUUGGACGGCUGCCCUUAGACAAGGUUUCGUUGGCUGCGUUAGGGACUUGACGCUGAACGGAAAAUCUCAGGAUCUGACGGCUUUUGCACGACAGCAAGAUUCUGCAUCAGUGCGCCCAGCCUGCCACGUGCUGAUGAAGCAGUGCGUGAGUUCCCCGUGCCAGCACGGCGGGAUCUGCUCCGAGGGAUGGAACAGACCCCUGUGCAAUUGUUCUGCUACGAACUACGGCGGACCGACUUGUGGAAGAGAGUCACCAACAAUAUUCCUCAACGGCAGCCAGCACCUCACAGCGUCUCUAGGGCCAGAGCACGUGACCCAGACGGAGGAAUUAAUGCUUCGAUUCAGGACCAGUAGGGCUGGUCUCUUGCUGCGAACCGCAUCAGAGCAUUCGGCGGAUCGAAUAGAAUUGGCCGUAGCUGCUGGUCGGAUCAGAGCGAGCGUCAGGCUUGGAGACAGGGAGAAGAACCUUCUAGCAGGAACUAACGUAGCGGACGACAACUGGCACACGGUCCGGUUCUCCCGCCGGGCCUCGAACCUGAGGCUGCAGGUUGACGGGGCGGCCUCGGUGCGCGGUACGUUAUCCGAAACCAUACUAGGCAAGGCGUCGACUUUAGAGAUAUCGACCCUACAUCUCGGCGGAUUGUACCACCCGGAGGAGGAAAUCCAGAUGACCUCGACAUUACCAAACUUCGUUGGAUACAUACAGAAAUUCGUUUUCAACGGCAUCAAGUAUAUCGAUAUGGCCAAAGCACUCGGCGUCGGAAGCGGCGAAGAGCACAACCGUAUAUACGACACGUCGAAUAUAAUUUUCAACGGGAGAUUCGUGAAGCCAGACUCCCUGAACGUUUACAAAGCGGUUACAUUCAAAUCGAAGCACACGUACGUGGGGCUGCCAUUGUUGAAGGCUUACGCGAACACGUAUCUAGACUUUUACUUCAGAACGACAGAAAUGGACGGUCUGUUGUUUUACAACGGCGGCAAGAAGCAGGAUUUCAUUGCCAUAGAAUUAGUGAGCGGGCAUGUUCACUGCGUCUUCAAUCUGGGCGAUGGCGUGGUCACAAUGAAGGACAAACUGAAGAACUUCUUGAACGACAACCGAUGGCACACCGUGUCGGUCAGACGGCCCACGCCGAAGAUACACACACUACAAGUCGACGAUGACAUCGAAAUGCACACGACUAGCUCGAAUCUAAUGUUGGAACUAGACAGUGUCUUGUACGUAGGAGGCGUGCCCAAGGACAUGUAUACUGUACUGCCGGUGGGCGUGUUGUCCAGGCAAGGUUUCGAAGGUUGCAUGUCCAGCCUUGACCUGCCAGGGGAAUCGCCAUCAUUAUUAGAGGAUGCCGUUGUACCUAGCUCGUCUUUGGGGUCUGGAUGCGAAGGUCCAACGAAGUGCACCCACAACGCAUGCGCGAACAAGGGUGUGUGCGUGCAGCAGUGGAACACGUACGUGUGUGAUUGCGACCUCACGUCCUUCACUGGGCCCACGUGCUACGACGAAUCAAUAGCUUACGAAUUCGGACCAAGCAGAGGGACAAUAACCUACACGUUCCCGCCCAGCUCAGUAGCGGAUACGGAGAUGGACAAAGUGGCGUUAGGCUUCGUCACCAGCAAGGCAGAUGCUGUGUUACUGAAAAUCGAGUCUUCAAACACUCAAGAUUAUAUGCAGAUGGAGAUUAUUCGCGGAAACCUUUUCAUGGUGUACAACGUUGGUGCUGGUGACCAUCCGCUCGGCGACGAGACGACCAGGGUCGAUGAUGGAGCGUACCACGUGGCGAGGUUUACGAGGAACGGCAGCCGAUCGUCGCUCCAGCUCGACAACUAUGACGUCAUCAUUCGGCAUCCGCAAGGUGGUCAGCAGUCGACGAUCUUCAACAGCAUGUCGGUGGUGACGGUGGGCGGCGGCGGCGGCUCGGCGCGCCCGUACAGCGGCGUGCUGGCGGGGCUGGUGGUGGACGGCGUGCGCGUGCUGGAGCUGGCGGCGGCCGGCGACCCCGCCGUGUCCGUGCGCGGUGACGUCAGACGUGCGCACGCGCCGCUCGACAGGGACAUCAACAGGAUGCAACAGACCCCGCCAUCGGGCUACGGAGGGCCGGGAGUACUGGACGAGCUCGUAUACUCGGGAGCAGGCUCAGGAUGCCGAGAUGAUGACGAAGACGCGUGCGUACUCCCCGACGCAGGGUCUGGUGAUGACCUCAUCACUCCCGUUUAUGUACCUUCGACUAGGAGACCACCUUCGAAGACGCAUAAGGGCGACACGAGUGGUAAGCUGAUGAAGCCUUGCGACGACGAGGACUGCAUCGAAGGUUCAGGGUCCAACGGCGAAGAGAUCACGGAACCAGAACGUCCGGCGACAACGUCGAUGUCGUCCAGCACGCACAGCAUGACGCCGCCCGCGCCCGCCACCACGGAGCGGCUGCGGCCCGACGUGACGUCACCCGACGUGACGUCACACGAGGUGCCGCGCACCACGCUGCCCGACCACGACAACAUCCACGCCGCCACGUUCGGCGUGCACACCGAGACCAACAGAAAGACAACCCCGGACGAUCACACGCAUACGGCGCAUUUCACUCCGACCGAUCGCCACGAAGAGGAGCCGACGCACACCACCGCCGAGGACACCAACCACAUGCCGGAGUACGAAGACCGCAACGAGAACGAGAUAGAAGCUCGCACGCCCACCUACGAGAUCGAGGGGGAGCAGGACAGAGCACCCGGGCGAGUCCACCCGGACUACAACGGCUACGAGCACGAGAUCACCACCAAGUGGUAUCACCCGAAGACGACGGACAACAGAGUCGUGCCGCCAGAGUCGGAGUUCUUUGCCACUAUCGUUGGCAUAGUGGCGUCGAUACUGAUAGCCAUAAUAUUGAUAGUCAUAAUUGUGCUCAAAUACAUCGUGUUCAAGUUCGACCCUUCGUACAAAGUCACAGAGGACAAGAAUUACCAGCAAGGAGCCAGCGCCGCGUUGCUAGGCAACCAGAGUCACUCUGGAUACCAGACGGGAGUGCAGGGCGGCGUGGCGGCGGGGGGGCAGGGGGGCGCGGGCCGACCCCUGCAGCCGCUCGCCGCGCCCCCUCCCCACCCUGUCAAGAGGGACGGAAUCAAGGAGUGGUACGUCUAGACCACAGACGCUACAAUAACCCGAUUUAAUGUUAAUGGCUUAAUCAUGACACGUUGUAAACAACACACUGAUAUUAAAACAGCAAUGUUGAUGGUCACAGAAGUAGGCUUUAUCAGUUCAAUCUAGAAAGUCUUUCUCCGCAGUGGGGUAGGCAUAGACAUACACAACGCUUAUUCCCAAAAAAUACCUCUAUAUUUAGUUGGUCGUGGUGUCGCUGUGUUUCAUGGUGUCUGUGACCACCCUCCUCUAAGUGAGCUACAUAUUAUCUGAAGCUCUCAAGUAGAAACAAUAACUGCUAAAGCUAGAAAUAAGCAAAAAUGUGUAGUAUUAAAAGCCAUUAACGCUAAAUCGACAACAGAUCAAAAGACAAUGGACAUAUCAAGGAUUCAAGUGAUGUGUAAGAAAACGAUUUAAGAUUAGUCGCUUCGUCCUGUCAGCAUCGAGGGAUGUUGGGUUUACUCGCAUUUAUCAUGUCAACAGAUGAUCUAAACAUUGUGCCACCUUAACUAUUACGAAAUGUCGUAUUCCCUAUACAUAUAAAUUUGCAUCAAAGUAUAUUUACUAUUAUACUAAACUACAUCUAGUCAGUUCUUCAAACGGCUCGCGGACGUACUGAAAAAUAAUCUUCCUAAAGAACUAUUAGCCUAUUUCUAUUGGAAAACACGUUAUAAUAAUUUAAAUCAUUUACUUUACAAUCAAAAUGCAAGGAAGUUUAAUAACCUAAAAGUACAUAUUAUAAUCCGCAACACGCUUCGUCAGAUUACAGAAAUAGAGUUAUCAGCAACAAGCUUCGUCAAAAAGUACAAUACUUACCUUCAGCUACAAGCGUCGUCAUAAGUAACAUAAAGGUCCACGCUAACAGCAAUGCGCGCGUAGGCAUCGGCUAGUCAAACAAGCCACUCUGGAUCGCACCUGGCCCGAAAGUACCCAUUACGCUAGCAGCAUUGCCACGCUGUAUGGCAAUGGAUAAUCUCUGGACCAGGUACGACCCAGACCGAGGAUCGCGGCUUUGCUCUCUGAGACGGUUUCCAAUAUAAUAAAUUGUAUGAAUUUGAUAACAAUAUGUCAGCGAAUAUAAAUUAAAAAGGUGUAUCACUUAAAACUGUUCCAAGGCUAUAUUUGACAUACGAAAUAAACGGUGGCAUGAUGAAUGUGAAAGAGCAUUCGUAAUUAAUAAAUUGCACGAUCAUUGGGACGACCUCAGAAUGUUAGGGAACUAAGUCGAUAGAUUAAGAGGAGACAUACCGACUGAUUCGCAAGUGUUGUAGUCAUUGUAAAUAAUAAAUAUUCCUAUGUUAUAGUUGUCACUUGUGCAAUCGAUUUUAGUAUUUGAUAUGAACGAAAUUUCAUUGAGAAAUGUCCGACUGUACAGACAAUAAAAUUCUAAUAGAAGACUUUCAGUAUGAUUCUCAAUUGGCGAAAUAAAAAAAAAAGCAUAAAUGGAAACUUGUAAAUGAAACUAUAACAAGACUUGAGAAGUAUCUUGACAAUUCAAUUAUUACCGAUAGUGGUAUAACUAGAGAGGUUUAAUUUAUGGCGGUACUUAAUUUUGGGGCGACUCGGAUCUUCGUCCUUUUUAGCGUUGUAGCUUUUAUUAUCUCCGCACAUACAUAUCCAGCCAUUAUUAGCAGUGUAAACCCAAAAAUAAUACAACACAACAUUCAAAGUAGAAAAAAAAUUUUGCAUGCUAUGAGGAUCUAUGAAAAACAGGUACGAAAUAACUCGUUGAGUACAUGCCGAUGUAGAAGCGUAGAUAAAGUACAAAGUGUACUCGAAUGGCUUGUGAAAAGUGUUGGUUGCUGGUAAGUUAAAACAGAUAUCAGUCUUCUAUGGAUAGAUACCAGACUUAACGAACUAAAGACAAAAGAAGAAGGAAAUAGAAAUCAAAUAAAACUUAUUACGGUGGUUGCUCGAGGUUUGAUUGCGACCGUGAUCAAGAUAAAAGAUAAUUAGAAAAAAUAAAGCCGGAAAUUUUAUUGAUUAAAUACAGGUACAGUCGGACACAAAACUGGAAUUGCAUAGUAACAAUGUGUAAAUAGAUAAGUUAGUUAAUUUAAUCUAGAUCAGUAACUAUUUGGGCUCUUCGAUGACUGUAUAUUGCAAGUUGACUAUUAAUAUUGUAAUGCCUCUCUUAGCUUUACUAAUACUAAGACUCGAUUGUUUCAAAGAUUUACUAGUCUUACAAUUAAUCCGUAAAUUUAUUUCUUUAACUUUACCUCCUUUAUAAUCCAGUUGUUGAUACUAAUUGGGGCUAUGAAACUUAUCAAUACCUAAUAGCGUUCUAAUAGCAAACUUAAGCUGCCAUCUUGAAAUUUAUGCAUAUCGUUCGAAUGAAGACUAUGAAAUGGUUUAUACAUGAUUUUUUCUGAAUAAAAUUUCUUAUAUUUCAUAUAUAAUAUACAAAAGAAGAAAGUAUGUAUUAGCAAAUCAUAAUCAUUGGUAAGAAUUUAGAGUUGGCGAUUGAAAAUAUAGAAGCAAUUCAUGUAUUCUGAAUGAAUAAAACAAAAAUGUCAUAAGUGCCAUUUUGCCUUAUUUAGAUAUCAUGAAAACUGACUACGGUAUAAGAAUGAUAUAUGAAUUGCUUUUGAAUUUUCAGUUUGUAGAAUGGCGUAGAUACCUUCAAGUAUUUCUACGAGCUUGUAGAUUUGGUACGAAUUAAGGACAUAGUAUAUUAGGUUUUUUUUAACCAUUUUCUAUUUAUUUGCAUCUGGCUUAAAAGUGAUAGUUAGAGUGAUAAGUGGUUAUCAAACAUCUUAUCCGGGCUUUUAUCUUAAAAGGUAAUAAAGCGUAAUUACUUUCGAACUUUUUCUUUCUUUUUGGCCCAACAAUAUCUUGCCUCUAAACUAAAGGUUGGCGAUUUUGGCACAAAACGCAUAUUAAAAUGCUUUCAGUAUUUACAAAGCUUCAAAACGUGAAGUCGAAUGUGACAUCCUUGCCUUGUACCAACAUCACUAACAGCGUAUUGAGUGACGACGCGGUGCAGAUAUUGAAAGCGAUCGAUAAAAACAGAUUUGAAUUACCUAAAAUAAAAAGAGAACUUUUUGAUUUGAGCCUACCUUAAAUCCUCUUUAUCCUGAUGAAAAUCUUCACUUCUCUCACUCUAUUUAGUACUUUCGAAGUCCUAAGAUAACUCUUCUCUGCUAAAAUAAAUAUUUAGAGUAAUUACCGUCCCGUUUUCCUCUUACCAUCUGAGCAAUGUUUCAUUUUAAAAUACCUACGUGCGGUGAGGCUUUCUUGCAUUUUCGUGCAUAAUUAAAAUGCAAGAUUGCACCGAAAACGUUUAUCGAAUAAAUUGUUACAAAGCACAGGUUCUAGAAAUAUCUAAUGUUGCAUUUAUUGUAAAUAGUUAAUUAAUAUAAUAUAUAUAUAAAAUAUAAAUAUGUAAAUUAGUUUUAAGACAGUUAACGUGUAUGAUCACACUCGUUUUACGGCACAAAAUGUUUGGCUAUUGGUUUAUCUGUCAAUUUUUAGUGGUAAUAAAUUUGAAUGUAAACUAAUUUGUGGAUUUACUAUAGUUAUUUAUAUGAUUCCUAUUUGGAUGCCGCUGGGAUAGUUGACGGGAGUGAAUUUAAAUAGUCUCUUCAUGAAUUUAAAGUCAUGAGUAGAUUCAUUCACCUGCCUUCAUUAAAUUUUCAGUAAACGUGACGUGACUCAUAUUUUAAAUAACUUUCUAUAAUACACGCAUUAACACUAAUCAUUUUCAUGACACUAAUAAUAUAAAAUUUAAUUAUCCUUAAAUACAUCGAUAAACUGAGCUAUACGAUUUUAUAUAAUAUAUUACUUUAAAGCAGUUUUUCUAAUUUUCAAAAAUUUUCCAAAAAAAACCACUCCACAGAGUUUUUUAGAAUAUUUCCGGGAAAUAAAAAAAAUCGUGAUUGUGGGAAAUUUUAAAUUCAAUUCUAGGUAAUAUGCAGCGGUAUCUUAAAUAGAAGAAUUAGAGCAUAAGUAAAUAAAUUUUUGUUGCAAAAUAUUUCAUGUAAUAAUAUACGAUUUCGGAUCGGACCAAGUUUUGUUUUGUGAAAACAACAGUUGAAGUUGAAAUUAAAAAUGUAUUAAAACUAUUAUGUAUGUAAAUUAA